GCCGGCCAAUCGCGGCUGGAGAAUUUGAGUUCUGGCGGGCCUCGGGCUCCUAUAAAUACCAGGGCUCGCAAAAGGCGCUUCCAAUAGCAGCGUUCGCUUUGUAGAAAGAGGAAGUCUUCUAUUUCUGCCAGCAUGCCUGAGCCAGCUAAGUCCGCUCCAGCCCCCAAGAAGGGCUCCAAGAAGGCGAUCACCAAGACCCAGAAGAAGGGCGACAAGAAGCGCAAGAAGAGCCGCAAGGAGAGCUACUCCAUCUACGUGUACAAGGUGCUGAAGCAGGUGCACCCGGACACGGGCAUCUCCUCCAAGGCCAUGAGCAUCAUGAACUCCUUCGUCAACGACAUCUUCGAGCGCAUCGCCGCCGAGGCCUCCCGCCUGGCCCACUACAACAAGCGCUCCACCAUCACCUCCCGCGAGAUCCAGACCGCCGUGCGCCUCCUGCUGCCCGGGGAGCUGGCCAAGCACGCCGUCUCCGAAGGCACCAAGGCCGUCACCAAGUACACCAGCUCCAAAUAACUCGUUUUCCAUCAAUUCCAGGAAAAACCCAAAGGCUCUUUUAAGAGCCAC